GCCUGUCGCGCGCCUGUUCCCACGUGUCCCGGGUUCCUGCCCCCCAGGCCCUGUGCUUAUAAACCGGGAUGCGCGCCACUCCCGGCCCUGCUGUUCCGCCUGCCACUGCCGCCUGGGCUCACUGAGUGCUUCACCGGCCAGAAAGACAGACUCCGGGAACUCGUAUCUGCCAUCCAGACAAGAUGUCCGGCAAGGGCUCUGUGGUUCUGGCCUACAGCGGUGGCUUGGACACCUCCUGCAUCCUCGUGUGGCUGAAGGAACAAGGCUAUGAUGUCAUCGCCUACCUGGCCAACAUUGGCCAGAAGGAAGACUUUGAGGAAGCCAGGAAGAAGGCGCUGAAGCUUGGAGCCAAAAAGGUGUUCAUUGAAGAUGUGAGCAAGGAGUUUGUGGAAGAGUUCAUCUGGCCUGCCAUCCAGUCCAGCGCCCUCUAUGAAGACCGAUAUCUCCUGGGCACCUCCCUUGCCAGGCCUUGCAUAGCUCGCAAACAGGUGGAAAUUGCCAAGCGUGAAGGGGCCAAGUAUGUGUCUCACGGUGCCACGGGAAAGGGCAAUGACCAGGUCCGAUUUGAACUCACCUGCUACUCAUUGGCACCCCAGAUCAAGGUCAUCGCCCCCUGGAGGAUGCCUGAGUUUUACAACCGGUUCAAGGGUCGAAAUGACUUGAUGGAGUACGCUAAGCAACAUGGAAUCCCCAUCCCUGUCACACCCAAGAGCCCCUGGAGUAUGGAUGAGAACCUUAUGCACAUCAGCUACGAGGCUGGAAUCCUGGAAAACCCCAAGAACCAAGCACCACCAGGCCUCUACACAAAGACCCAGGACCCUGCCAAAGCACCCAACAGUCCAGAUGUCCUCGAGAUAGAAUUCAAAAGAGGGGUCCCUGUGAAGGUGACCAAUAUCAAAGACGGCACUACCCACCACACCUCCUUGGAGCUCUUCAUGUACCUGAACGAAGUUGCGGGCAAGCACGGAGUGGGUCGCAUUGACAUUGUGGAGAACCGCUUCAUUGGAAUGAAAUCCCGGGGUAUCUACGAGACUCCAGCAGGGACCAUCCUUUACCACGCUCAUUUAGACAUAGAGGCCUUCACCAUGGAUCGGGAGGUGCGCAAAAUCAAGCAGGGCCUGGGCCUCAAAUUUGCAGAGCUCGUAUACACGGGUUUCUGGCACAGCCCUGAGUGUGAAUUUGUGCGCCACUGCAUCGACAAGUCCCAGGAGCGGGUAGAAGGGAAGGUGCAGGUGUCUGUCUUCAAGGGCCAGGUGUACAUCCUCGGCCGGGAGUCUCCGCUCUCACUGUACAACGAAGAGCUAGUAAGCAUGAACGUGCAGGGCGAUUACGAGCCCAUUGACGCUACUGGCUUCAUCAAUAUCAACUCACUCAGGCUGAAGGAAUACCAUCGCCUUCAGAGCAAGGUCACCACCAAAUAGACCCUGACAAAGAGGAGCGGGCCUCCCCACUCUGCAGCUCUCCUAGGCUUCAGCAUUAAUUGUUGUGAUAAAUUUGUAAUUGCGGCUUGUUCUCCCACCACCUGACGGGGGCUGCUGCAGCUCUCUCCCUUCUCCUCGGGCUUUGUUCCCUGGUCCCCUAGAGCCUACAAAAGUGGUCAUCGAAGUGGAGGGGAGGGUGGGGGGCAGCUGCAGAGAGCGUAAAAUGACAAUUAAAAGAAGUUACAUUA